CCUCGUUUGAUCAAUACGGCACCGAGGCAGGGCUCAGUCGUAGAAGGCAGUCAGUAACGAUACCGUUCGGACGAAUUUCUCUCGUCGUAAACUUUUGGGAAAAAUUUUCAAUAUAUUUUUGUUUUUGUAAGAACGCGCCAAAAAUCGGAAAAAACUCAAGUGCUGUCGAAAGACUUUCGGACCCGCCAUAUCGACUGAGAGCAUCCCAUUUUCGUUGUGUUUUAUAAAUUUUUGUUUACUUGUCUUUCCCCUCGGACUCAACAGACGUGUUUUAAAAUGACUUCGAUUGAAUCGAAACGGGUGCAAUACCGCAAGUAUCUGGAGCGUGCUGGGGUCAUCGAUGCCCUGAGCAAGGCGCUGAUCAAACUCUACGAGGAGCAGAACAAGCCCGAGGAUGCCAUCCGCUUUGUGCGCAAGUUUAUGUGCGAAAGCUGUCCGGAUGAUGCCCAGUACGACGUCAUGAAGAACGACCUCGAAGAGGCCAAGGUGCACAUAACCAAGCUGGAGCAAGAGCUGGAACGGUUGCGCGGACAAAUCAAAAAGUCACCGGAGGAGUACCAGGAGCUCACUAUUGCCGGAUACAAGUCCCUCAUGGAUGAUGAGGAGAACGUCAAUUCGUUGCUGCGUAAAUACCUCACCCCUGAGCUCCUGGAGGAGUACAUGCUGGUCACCACCUCGGCCCCUGUGGACGCCUACCUAUACGAUUGCGCAGUGGCUGGAUUUGAUCACCACGAAGCUCCCGUGGGCAUAUACGCCGCGGAUGCAGAGAGCUAUGACGUAUUCAAUAAACUCUUUGACCCCAUCAUCAAGGAUUACCACGGCCAGACGGAGAACGAUAACGAUGUGCUGCAGAAGGAUGCCGACUUUGGCAAUGUGGAUGAGAUUGAAAACUUGGAUCCAGAGCGCAAGUACAUCUUGUCUGCGCGCAUUCGGCUGGCGCGUAACAUUGAAGGCUUCCCCUUCUUCCCAAAACUCACGGAGAAACAGUUCAUCGAAGUAGAAGACAGGGUGCGCGCCGCUACUGAAACGAUGGACGGGGAACUGAUCGGUUCCUACUUGACAAUUGGGGACAUUGAUGCCGAGACACAGGCAGAGAUGGUCAAACGACACAUACUCUUCCAGCGAGGCGAUGAGCAGCUGACCACCGCCGGUUGCUAUCGUUUCUGGCCGACUGGUCGCGGUGUCUACCAUAAUCCAGCCGAGACCUUCGUCAUCUGGGUGAAUCGUGAGGACCAUGUGCGCAUCAUGUCAAUGGCGCCAUGCGGUGACUUUGGUGACGUCUACAACCGCCUGGUCAACGGGCUCCAAGAGCUUGAGAAAAGCCUGACGUUUGUGCGCCACCCGCGUUACGGAAACCUAACGGCAUGUCCCACCAAUGUGGGGACCACACUGCGCGCUUCGGUCCAUAUCCGCUUGCCGCUGCUUUCCAAGGACCAGGAUCGCCUGAUCGCCCUCGCCGAGGAGCUGCAGCUGCAGAUACGCGGAAAUGAUGGUGAAGCCAACGAAGAUGGCAUCAUGGACAUCUCAAACAAGCGACGUCUUGGCUUUACGGAGUUCGAACUGGUUAAAACGCUCCAGGAUGGCAUUGUCGCUCUAAUCAAUGCCGAGGAGGAGCUCGAAAUAGCCGGACAGGAGGGUUAGAUACCCAGAUACCCGCCCGCUUCGCAGCCCAAAAAAGUAUCGAUUCCACCACCACUAAACUAUUCACAAACACUGACAGAACGAAAGACACCGAAACGACAGGAGAAGCAUCUCAUCUUUGGUUAAAUAAAUUUGUCCCGUAGUAAAUCGAA